GAAUUCGCGCUAUUAUUAACCCAUCGCAUCGGUAGAAGAAGUUCUCAGUCCCGCCCUGUACCCGCCAUAAGCACAAUACCAAAAAUGUUGAAGAUCAGUAAAGAAUCCAUGAUUGAGCUCGACACGGAGCAGGUGCCGAUCAUCGAGGCGGGCGACCCCUUGAUCGUCACGAAGGACGACGACGAUGUGAUGGUAUCGAAAACGCCCGAGGACGAAUUGAAAAAUAACACGACCCGGGUCCUUUUCGACGAAGAUGUGGAAGGUAUAGAAGAUAAAUGGGAAGAUCUUCUUACUGGGCGCUUUUUGUCAUGCGAUAUGAUCUCACAUUGCAAACCUCAUUUCGCAUGCGUUCUUUGGGAGUAGAACAACAUGUACUCAGCAUACAAAAAUGCAGGUUCCUUCGCCUCCGACGCGCAGCAGUACGCAAAGGAAAACCCUUAUGGAUGUGUCAGGAUCGAAAUCGACAAAGUUGAAAGAACUUGUAAUGCAUGAAAUCGAUACCAGUUGGAAACCCAAUUUCCAAGCGGCGCAUGACAAAUUUCGGCACUGUCUAAAUCGAGUCUGUCAUGCUGUUGAGGGACAGAGGGCGUCUUUUGUCAUGCUACUUUAGCAGCUCUAUCGCAGACCCCAAACAGGCCUACAGUCGGUUUCGCUUGCCAUCCCUGCAAGAGAGGCACUUCAUGCCUUGCAAUUUAUGCAUCAGAAAUUAUUUCAACUUUGUCGAUUUCGAAUCUGACAGAUCCAUAAGCCUCAGGUGUUCGAAGGCAUGUGGCAAAGACUCUACCUGGAGCGGCAAGCGCGGUUGCUGGAGGGGCAAAUCAGCUUGCAGAACGAGCAACAGCGGAGAUUGACGGAGACGCUGCAGCAAGUUGCCCAGGCCAUGCAAUACACCGCGGGGGCGGUGAUCAGUAAUUCGAAUAAGAAUAGUACUGCGAGCGGACGAGCAGGAGCUGCAUCCUCUGGUGGUCCAUCAAACUACAACCCGUAUAGUUGUAAUUCGCAGAUGUUGACAUCAGCACCAGCGGGGUAUAAUGGCGCAGUAGAAACUGAUUUGACAAGCUUGGGUCCUGGUGCGAACGAUCCGCAGAAAGGUCACUUUCACCGCCAGGAGCUGAUCAUGAACGCGUUUAAUAACAGCCAAGUGCAUAUGGAAGCGUCAGGUUUGAAAUCGCCAAAGUUGAAAUAAUUUGUCAUGCAUAAAAUGGAUGAAAGAUUGUGACCCAAUUUGUAAGCGGCGCAAGACAAAUUUCGGUGGUCCCUAAAUCCACUUUGUCAUGCUGUUUAGGCAAAGAAGAGCGAUUUUCUUAUGCUACUUUAGCAGCUCGAGAUGUAACCCCAAACAGGCUUACAAUCGGCCUCACUUGCCUGCUCUGCAACACACGUGCCUCAGGUCACGCAUUUUAUGCAUUACAAAUUAUUUCAACUUUGACGAUUUCAAACCUGACGCUUCCAUAGUGCACGAGGAGGUGAAGGUGGAAUUAGAAAAUUCCAAACGGGAACUCGCCGAGCAAGUCGCCAAUUCGAAGGAGGAGCUCGGGCAUCUCAUGUCGAAGAUCGCGGGGGCGAAUGUAUGCUGUGCAAAAGUAUCGUACUCGUAGUGAUUGCAUUCAUGCAUUACAAAUUUUUUUAUCAAGGUAAUUCCGCAUUACAAAUUCCAUUUCUAUUGGUGAGAAAAUUUGUAAUGCGAUUUCUACUAGUACGCUGCUUUUGCAUUUCAUAGAAUGGAGGUGGAGCCAAUUCCGAGCCGAAAAAUUUGGCGACCCUCGACGCAGCUGUGAGUAGUGCUGGCAGAACCGGUGGGGAGCACCUGCAGGGCAGCAGACAUGGGCGAGGUAGGAAGGAUUUUUGCAUUAGGGUUUCGGAAGUGGGAAAAUCUAAAUUUUGGCGUCGAAGUCACAAUCUAUCAUUGGGGAGGUUUUUCUGCAUAGUAAGUGCAGCACGAAUUAUUCCAUAUGCUGUGUCAGCGAAAAACAAGUGAAUUCAGGUGCAUCCGCAAGCUCACGACCGUCGUCCGGAAUAAAGCAAGGCAAAUAUGCGUCCUCUUCGUCAAGACCGGGAUCUUCGCACGGAUCGCAUGGGAGAGGGCACAGCGCUGCGUCUGCGAACAAGCCGUCCCUGAUCCCCGCACCAAAAUCCGGUUUGAGUAAAGAAUCCCAAAAAAUCGUUCAGAAGCAGAUGGCCGAUGGGAGCAGCCAGUUUCGGAAGGAGGUGAGCGACAAGCAAAGGGAGAAAAAUCAGAAUUCGUCACAACACGCAGGAAUGAAUAAAGGUGGACUAGACACAACAACAGCAUCCGCUUCUGACUCGAAAAAGCCGUUCCUAGAGAACACGGUAUUCGAGUCCCUCGCGUCCAGACUUUUUCCAAGUUCGAAGGAAUCAACGACGAGGGAACAGGAUCGUCACGGAGAUGAGAAUUAUCGCAACAACAAUCUCAACACCACGAAUCUGUUCGACACCGACCACGCGGAGACGAAGGACGAGGAGCGGGGUCAGCGGGACGAAGGAACAGGAACUGCUGCAGGUCAGAAUGUUUUCAGUUUUUACUCCGCAAAAUCCUCGAAAGCCAGCGUGAUGUCGUAUGAAAGCACGGCGAGCGGCGGACGCUAUCAUGUGCAAAAAUAUCGUACUCGUAGUAUUCGCAAUUUUGCAAACCAGCACGACAAGUUUCUUAUGUCGUGUUGAGCGAAUUCGUAUUGCAAUACUACGAGUGCUGUACCACUUUUGCACAGGAUAGAUGCGAUAAAGACCCAACGAACUUCACAGCUGGCGUUGGCAUGACAAGUGACAAAAGUGCUUCCACCGCAACCGCUUCCGCAAAUCCGGAGAGGCUGACGUUUUACCAGAAUUUGAAAUCGGAAAUCGGGAAGUUAAACACGAUAUCCUGUGCAAAAGUAUCGUACUCGUACUAAUUGCAUUUAUGCAAAUCCGCAUUACAAAUUUGAUUUGUAAUGCUAAGUGAAUUUGUAAUGCAAUUUAUACUAGAACUAGUACGAUACUUUUGCAGUUCAUACACGAAGGAAUGUUUAACCUGGACAUCAUCGUCCUCCGCUUCUAGCGCUGGGAAUAAGAACGGCGGUGUAGGUUCCGGCUCUGGAACAGCGACGCAGGGUGCUAGUGGUGCAAUGAAAAAACGCACGAAAACCUCCACGUCGGCCGCGGGGACUACCUCCACCUCACCCGACCUCCUAGAACGCGUAGAAGACCGGCGGAUGCGGUAUGAAUUGAACAGGGAAAAAAUUUUGGGCGCGCAGAAAGAACAAAUCGGCGGGAGCUCGUCUUCGACGUCAAGACGGGAACAACGAGGAGGCGGACAUCAGAGUAGAGCUGUUACAACCGGGGUUGAUUUACCGAAUUUCGCAGAGACGAACUUCCAACAUUCGGUGCAAAAUGAUCCGGAAAUCGUGCAGCGGAAUUACAACAAAACGGUGCUGAAAUCGUCCUCGUCGCAUGGAGUUGGUAGUGCCAAUACAAAUUCGAACUCACGUACAACUCCACGCGGCGGCGGUAAUGUUGGUGGUGUCGGAACUACAUCAAACAGUACCAAUGUCGUGAUGUCCACAACCAAGCCCGCGCAUCUGAAGCAGGAAACGCGAACGGAAAUCAUCCGGAGGGAGGACAUGGCGAAUAUUGGUGGUGGAAAAAUUGCCCCAGCAGCACCCGCAAGACAGACUGCUGGCAAACUACAAUCCAGCUCGAAUAACAACAGCUCCACUGCCCGCCGAAACAACAUGGCGACGAGAAUACGGGACAAGCUGCAUCCAAAUCUUGUCCCGCCCAACACCGACAACCCAAACAUCCAACCCGCCCCGGUGACUAAGCCGAAGCCCUUAUCCUGAGUAAAUACGUACCCACACCAUAGUUGUCAUGCAACUCUGCAUGCUUAAAAUGUUUCUCAUGCGGAGCCCCAUGAGAAGCAUUUUCUAGUGUGGUUUUGAAAUUUGUCAUGCUCCAAUCAGCACGAGAUACUAGAUCUGUAAUGCUGCUAAACUAGCUCAAACAGCACUACACUACGCGGACAAACUUGUCAUGCCAAACAACCAAAGCUGGCUGAUUUGUCUAGCAGAUUCCCCAUCCUGACUCUGGUGUGGGUACGUUUUUACUCAGGAUAACCCUUCAGCUUUGACAGAAAAGAGCCCGACGAAUACGACAAUGACGACUUGCUGCUGAACACGACCGAGGGCGUAUCAAAUGCAAAUAUCUCCCGUGGAUGUCUGGAAACUUGUGAUGCAAGCACGGGGAAAAUAGUGAGCACACUGUAAUGCGUUGCACAGCAUGACAAGUUUUUCCGUGGUUCUGAGUUGCGUACUCCGCAUGAGAAACUACGUUUUUGCAAGACAUAAAGGAGGAGCUCGUCUUUGCGGCUACGCAAUACAGAGCUCAGAGUCAUACCAGACUUGCAUGAGAAAUCUUCCAGAUGACCCAGACAUAUUUGCAGUUGAUAGGGCGAGCUGAUCUGUGAAGAGGCGAAAGAGGAAACCAUGCUUGCGCAGUUGGUGGAGGAACGGGAGAAGAUUGAAAACGAAAAACGGGAAAUGGAAUUGGAAAAACUGAGGCUCGAAGCGAAGAAAGCGCAUAUCAGAAGGAAAAAUCCCCUCUCCCCAUAUCCAAACGAAGUUUCUGAUGCAGGAUUUGCGUACACAAGUCAGAUUUGUGUUGCUGGAGAGGAAUGCAGGCCCAUACUAAGCCUAAGUAGAGAGGUUUUGGCCUAGGGGUCUAGCAUGAGAAAAGUCCGUGAUGUAGGCCCAUGAGCAUCACAAACCGCCUGCACAAUGCUGCGGAGCUUGUGGAGUUGCCUUCUUGCAAGACAGACGUGAUUAGUGGUCUCAAAUCAGCAACACAAAUUUUCGCAAGCAUACCUUUUCGAUAUGGGGAGGGGGGAUGUUUCCUCUUAAUAGCCCAGGAGGCGCUGCAGGAAGUGCUGAAUGCGAACAAGAAGGGCAGGAGUAACAACAAUUUGAAAUUUGGGAAAAGCAACAAGAAGACCGCUAAAAAUGAUUUCGCGAGCAAGCUUUUGUCCAAAGAGGAGCAAGUGAAGAAAAUCGAACAAGCGAGAAGACGAAUGCAGGAGCUGGAAGAAGUGUUUUCUUCUGGGAAAGUGAAGCAAGCUGCCUAUGCGUAUCAAGUGCAAAUAUGUCUAGAAGGUCCUGAACACUGCAACUUGUCAUGGUAAGUCUAGAAUGGUGCAAGAAUCUGUGUUGCAUGAUUGCCAAACGGUGUGUAUUUUUGCCCAAGUUGAGAGGCAGUUUGUCAUGCAGGAGAGGUAUGAUAGAGAUGUAAAAACAGAAUCUGUCAUGCUAGGUCCUGUUUGCCAGACGGUAUGGGUCAUGCAAGACCUGCGCCGUCACAAGUCUGCUAUAGCAAUCUUCCAGACCCAGACACAUUUGCAAUGCAUACUGCGAGCACCGCGGCAAUUAACAGCAGUUUUAACAGCAGUCCACGACAUGAAAUGCUGAACAAAGGCUAUAACAACACGAACAAGCGGCCCCGGUCACCUUUGACCACGGUGCUUCAGUCUCUUAUGGAUUGCAAAUAUGUCUGGGUCUGGAUCUGGAAGGUUGCAACUUGUCAUGCUAAGUCUGAAGCAUGCAAGAUUCUGUGUUGCAUGAGUGCCAAAAGACGUCCACUUUCGAUCAAGUUGACAGGGAGUUUCUCAUGCAGGAUAGGCAUGGUAGGGAUCUCAGAGAAUCUGUCGUGCUAGGUGCUGAAUUCCAGACGACAUGGAUCAUGGAAAAUCUGCAUGACAAGGCUCGGAAUCUCCCAGAGCCAGACAUAUUUGCAGUUCAUACCUCUGAACAAAAACCAAAACUUUCUCGACGACCAGGAGAAUUACGACAUCUAUCGAAAGGAAAAAUCCCCCCUCCCCAUAUCGAAAACGAAAUUUGUGAUGCUGUAUUUGAGGUCACAAAUCGAUUUGUCAUGCUAGAAGGCCAAGAGCCGCAGUCGUGGCCUCGUUUGCAGGCAAUUUGUCAUGCUGUUUCCCACUUUCAGCUGCCUCCUAUCAUGCUGAAGAUGCAAGGCUUCCCCACGCCACCCAGCACUACAGUCCGCAUCUUUUCCCGUGUAGCAUGACAAAGCUGAUUUGUGACAACAAAUCUGCAUCACAGAUUUCCGUUUUAAUAUGGGGAGGGGGAGUUUUUCCUUUUGAUAACAUCGCCGGGUUCGCCAGCGCAGCGUCCAGUAGUCCGCCAGAGAAAUUGAAUGAAGAGCAGAACAAAACACGCAACAAUUACUACUACUUCUCCAGCCCGCCACAGUCUGCGAAAUCGGAUAGCAAGAGCGUCGCGUCGAUAACCGCUUGGUCACCGCCGACCUCGGCUGCACACAUAGGGGGUCAACAGCAUGCCGCGGCGAAAGGCAGCGCAAGGAGCAGCAGGGUGAGCGGAACUUCUUUUACACCCGCCAGUCCUUCUGGGUUCUUACCGCAGCAGGAAAAGAUGCAGCAAAGCAGUGUCGCCACCGAGUAUUCCACCCCGGAAGAGCUUUUGCUGCAGUUCAAAGAAUAUCCUGUGCAAAAGUAUCGUACUCGUAGUAAUUGCUAUCAUGCAUGACAAAUAUCCAUUUUUAGGUGAAUCAGCAUUACAAAUUCUAUUUUUCUUUUUGAAAAAAUUUGUGAUGCAAUCUAUACUAGUACGAUACUUUUGCAAUGCAUAAAGAACAGGAAUACAACAAUUUUGCGUCCAAAUUGAAGAAAAAGUACAACAUCGCCGACGCCGAUGUGGGGGAGACCAGGGAGAUGCUCCGCGCGGCGACGCAGUAUUCGGAAACGAAAAGCCGGAGUUUCAGUCCGGGCGGAAGAGGAGGACCAUUAUUCCGGGGGCAGCAGCAAGCACAGCUUGCAGGCGAUGCAGGAGCAGCUCGCGCAGUGGGUACGAGUAGUAGUUCUGCUAGCCCGUCGCGACAAUAUGCGGGACGAGGGCCGGGCGUGGCGCGAAACUUGAAUAAUGAUGCGCGGCGAUCGCCGGACGUGGCCCCCCCGCGGGGCCGGGAUAGUGCCCAGGAUUCUGUGCAGACAGAUUUUUACGGCGGGUAUUUCUACGGGAUGGAUUCUGCAGCAGAAGCCGGGGCGGUUGCUUCACCGAACUUUGCUCUGCCACAGCAGCAGCAGCCACAGCAGCAUGCGCCGGUGCUACCGUUCGUGCAGAAGUUCGUGGACAGGAAUGGUGCUACAGGUGGCUACUAUCAAGGUAUUGAAAUGCACUUUUGAAUAAUCUGCUAUGAUGUUUUUUUGUGUUCGUAUACAACCAGUUGCACCUUCUGAAGAAAUAUGAUUUGCGACAAGCAGAAACAUCGCUCAAAAAUAAAUCAUGAUCUACAGAUUCUCGCCCCACGACAACCUCCGCAGCGGGUUCCGCGCCGCCGGUGAUUUCGAACACCUCGCACGGCGUUUACGUGACGGAGUUGAAGCUGUUAGAGUGUCUGAACCACGAGAAUAAAUCUACAACUCCGAUGAAUUCGAAAAGGAAAGGGAUCAUGACAAAAGCGCCGCAGCCCGCGGAGAUCUGGAACGAAAUCGAUGCUGUUGCGAAGCAGGAGCAGGGUAUCAAGGCGCAGACUGCACAACAAUCCCCGGAAGAAAAGGACGGGCAUAUCAAAGUGAAAAAAGCCCCCACCCCAUAUCGGAAACGGAAGAUGCGCGAAUUUGUGAUGCUGCAUUUGAGUACACAAAUCGACUUGUAUUGCUAGAAGGCCAAGAGACGAAGCUGCGGCCUAAAUUGCAGAUGAUCUGUCAUGCGGUUUCCCACUUCCAGCUGCCUCCUGUCAUCCUGGAGCUGCAAGGCUUUCCCACGCUAGACAGCGCUACAGUCCGCAUCUUUUGCCCUCUAGCAUCACAAAGCUGAUUUGUGGCCACAAAUCUGCAUCGCAGAUUUACGUUUUGAUAUGGGGAGGGGGCAUUUUUCACUGUAAUAGGGCAGACCCGGUCUCUUUCAGCAGCGGAGCAAAGAGAUUUGUUCCGGGAAGUUUUGCAACAGGUGCUGACAGAAGAAACGUUCCGGACCGACAGCAUUGGUGAUCUUCCCUCUAGCAUCAUCAAGAGUAGCAACAAGCCCGGUAAUGUUUCUGUGGCGCAAGAGUCAGGUUCUGCCAGCAUGGAGGUGGAGGGAGCUGCGCCGGCUCCUGUGCAGCUGGGCGGUGGAGAGAUUUCUGAUGCGCCAGCAGCAGCUGUCGCCUCAGGCGGGACUAGUACAGAAACUCGCACUGUUUCAGAAAAGCAGCAGCAGGCAGAGGUCACUCUACCGCCACCUCCGUUUUUUUCCUCCACCACACGCGAUCAUCUACUCGCGACGCAACAGGACAAAAGUGAAGACCCCCCUCCUCCUCCUUACCGAGACGUCCUCAUGACCCAGUACCAUGAGACGCUGGAGCAGCAGAAGAAUUACGAGUUGAAAAUUGACUCUGUGAUCGAAAAAUUGGAGCGGGAUUUUUCGAACAAAACCACGGAUUUGAAGGUCACCAUGAAGGAGGAACUGACCGCGGUGGUGCUGAAUUUGAGAAAGGAGUUAAAAGAAACACUAACUUCAGAACUGAAGAAACAAACCGAGUUUUUGGAAAGCAAGCAGGAACUGAAACAGCGGGACAAGCGGGACAGCGAGGCGAAAACGAGACGAUUUGCAGAGUUGCUACUGUACUUUUCUGAUGUAUUCUUGAAGGUUUUUUUUUUGUAAUCGAGACGGAACAUCAAUUAUGACCUACUUAAAAUGUGUUUCUGCAAUGCAAAUUCUUCACUUCACCUAUACAAAAAACUCUAGGUACGGUGACAAGGAGCUGCAGGCAAAGCAGAAUCCGCAAAGUUUCGUCUUUGACCACUACAAAGCAAGAUACGGAAUAUUAAAUAGUAACUCGUUCUUCCCCGCCCGAGCGGCCUUUGACGCGGAGGACGAAAUGUCAGUUUCCGCUUCGACUUCCCAUGCAGCAGAUGUUGACCAGAACAACGAGAAUAAAAACGACACUGCUCGUCCUGUCGAAAGCGAGGCUGCUUCGAAAGUUGGCUUUCAUCCUCCUUCGCAGAAACCGCCAGUAACCGCACGACCAGAGGACGACGACGAAGGGGGCUUGAAGACGAACCGGCAGAACAACCAAAGCCUCGGGGAAGUACUACUUUCCACUGUGGCCGAGGAGGAUGAAGACAAAUCUGUCAUGCAGAAACUCAAACAGGAAGAGCGGCGGGUUUUGGAGAGUUGCGCUUUGAGCGAGGGUAUCAAAUGCAAAAAUGUCUGGGUCUGGAAGGUUGGAACUUGUGAUGGUAACUUUGGACUCUAAAAAAAUCUGUAUUGCAUGACCAGCAAGAGGAGUCUAGUUUGUGCUACGCGGGGAGGGCAUUUGUCAUGCAGAGUAGGCAUCAGAAAGCCCUCUAAAAAUCUAUGAUGCUACGGAAUACAUCACAGACGUCGCGGGCCAUGUAAAAUCUGCAUGACAAGUUCCAGACCUAGACAUAUUUGCAUAUGAUAGAGGGCGAGGUGCUGCUGUCAGAUGGGGAGAUGUGAGUGCUACUGCGAAAGCUGCGACGAUAUUAUCUUCUUCAUCUACGCGAACUGUUUUUAUCGGACGAAAAGCUGUCCGUUUUGCAUCCAAAAGUACCUUUAGAUAGUUCCUUGCUUUGUAUUUCUUAAAGUAGCUCUAACAACACGUGAGCAGAAAGCGAGACUUUCAAGAGCCACGUCUUGAAUAAACAACAAACAAAUUAUACGCUAUCUUCCGUUGAUCGGAACAACAAAAGCUUAACAAGUUCUUGCGUUAGAUAAUUCAUCAGCAGGUAUAAUUGCGAAUUGGUUUGCGUUUGGCCUAUUCGAUUUUGUUUAUUUCCUCGUUUAUUGUUUAGAAGUUCUUGUUGUGCGCAGGACCAAACUGUUAUCACCUCCACCGGAGAAGUUUUUACACUUUGGUUUUGUCGUGACACUGCACUUGCCGGCAGACGCAGUUUGAUGCGGUUUAGAUUGGUUGUUAUGCAAGAACGCCAACGCAUACGAACAUGACGCAGCUUGUAGUGUCUACCGGAGCUGCGCAGAAGGCGCGUCUCGUGUUGGCAAGUGAUCAGAUCAUGAUCACUUGCCCGCC